CUUCUCAUAAUCUAGCUAUAGCUGUAAUAGCGCUCCCUAGCCAGCUAUUCCCACAGUUAGUUCAGACCGAAACUGUAUUCGUUCAUUUCUCUUCAUCUCCACCAUGAACUCAGACUCGGUCCAAGGGCGCAACGGUGGCUUCAGCAGCCAAACAGACAACAAUAUGACACUUGUUCAACUCUUCCAAAAUACGGAUACAAGUCACAGGGAAGAAGCAAACCGCGGAACUUUGGUCAACCCUCCGGGCCCCUCUGCAGAUUUCAAUCUCCCUUCAUUGCCACAGUCAAGCACACCCAAUUUCGGAACUAGUUCUGGAAUGGAUUCGAUGGAUCUGACAUGUUUUGGCAUGUCGAGUGCCCACGAGAAGCCCAGUGUAGGCACCAACACUACUGCAACCAGGCUCAGCUCCAUCCUGAACACUGCCAUGAAGAUUUUGGAGGAUGCGGACGGCUUGUUCGACCCUGAGCCCUUUGGUGGCGAGCACGGCUGGGCUGCACACGACAUCGUCGCUGCAUCUAGUUUCACCAAUGAUAUGGAGUCAGGAUUCUAAAUUUCAAUUGGAUUGAGAGACCAUCAAACAUGUGUAACGCGCGAAAUCCUGGGCACACUCAACCCCACUAAUCAGCCUUGGAUCUUCUGGCUCUUGUAGGGAUAAUCAAUACAUAGUACAUAUUUUGGUUGC